UUUGCACUCAAAAUUCCGAGUUAUAUAUUAUAAUUUGUGUGUGUUAAGUAAUUUCAUCAGCUCUAUCCUAAAAAUUAAGAUGUCUAGCAGAAGGUCAAGAUCAAAGCAAACAGGAGGUUCAAGAAUAACUGAUGAUCAGAUCAAUGAUCUUGUCACCAAGUUACAGCAACUUCUUCCGGAGAUUCGCAACAGGCACUCUGAUAAGGUUUCAGCUGCCAAAGUGUUACAAGAGACUUGCAACUACAUUAGAAGCUUGCAUAGAGAGGUUGAUGAUCUUAGCGAGAGACUAUCAGAGCUACUAGCAACAACUGACACUGCCCAAGCUGCCAUAAUCCGUAGUUUGCUUAUGCAAUAG